AUGGCCAAGAUCCAGCCCCUUUCUUCGUCUCCCUGUUCCAGCUCUUCCUCCGAUGAUCACCAGCAGGGCAGGCAUGCGUACACGGUGUGGAUGAAGUCGCUCGUGUUCAACGGCAACGGCUGCGCGGUGUACGGCCCCGACGGCGCCGUCGCCUUCCGCGUCGAUAACUACGGCUGCAGGGGCGGCCGCGAGGUCCUCUUCAUGGACCGUCAGGGGAACGCACUCUUCACGAUCAUACGCAAGGGCUUCUGGGCGUUCAGCAGGUGGGAGGUCUGCCGCUGCGCCCACGACGGCAGCGAGGAGGAGGAGGCGACGCCGUGGUUCGGCGUGCGUCGUGCUGAGAAGGGCGGGGCCGCCGUCGCGAUGAACGGCGGCGCGGGGACGUGCUAUAGGAUCGAUGGGUGCUGUGCGCGCAAGCCGGAGUACAGAGUCCGCGGCGUGGAUGGCGCGGUCGUGGCCGAGGUCGCGCGGAAGCAGACGGCGGCGGGGGUCGUCCUGGGGGAGGACGUGCUGACGCUGACGGUGGGGCCGGAGGCGGAUCACCUGCUCGUCCUGGGCUUGGUCGUCGUGCGUGGCCUCAUAACCCGCUCCUUGUGAUGGAUGAAACGGGGUGGUGACUCUCCUAGAGAUUUUGGCGAACAUAUUGAAGUUUCUGCUAGCUAGUUUGAGAGUUUGUUUCACGCGAAACAUUUAGAAACUCUUACUCCCUCC